AUGUUAGCGGUACCUCAGCGAGGAAGGUCAUUCCCGGUGCGGAGAUGUUGUUUAUUGGGUAUGUUUCGUGAGGCUCAGGUAGCGGUUGAACAGCCAGGAACUCGGACUCUGAAUGUGUUGGAGAGGGUAUCCACUGUCGACGGAGGCGGUUGGGAUUGGUCAAAGGCCUCAGGAGGAGACUAUGAGUCGUACUGGAUGAGUCGCUUUUGGGUGCCUUUGGACGAGAAGGGAUUCGACUUGCUCUUCCCCCGAACUUUAGCCAAAGGACACCGUCGCCGACACGCCUGGGCACGCAAAGAGGUUGCGUUCGUUGAUAUUCUCGCGAACUCCUCGCUUUCACAGCCGUGGGCAUUGACAACAGAGCCGGUACGUCCCAAUUACAUUCCUGUCCUAGCCAGAGGAGGACCGAGUAGCAAACCGGCUGGGUCCGAAAGAGUGCUGAGCGACUUCGAAGCAUAUCGAGCAUUGCAUGGAUCGAUGCCCCAACAUGCUUGGAGGAGACUCAGAACUAUUGAUACCCGUAGUUUCGAAACGUGUGCACUCGCUUACGUGGAACUAGGCACUAUCAUUUCCCAGUAUUUCGAGUCUCCUUAUGGUCUUGUGGAUCAGGAUAUCAAGAAUGACAUCGACAAGAUGAUGCCUUUGAGCAACGUGAGACAUGCUACGAACCGGCGGCGCCUGUGGACCGUAGGAUGUCUUCUGCAACAUGCCCGGGCGUCCAUCUCUCGGCUCGCUCAAUUUUGCGUUUUUGACUUGGGAUACUGCCCUAGAAGGCCACAGGAUGGUCCCACGCUGCACUGUCUCCAGUUCGAAGGACGUGCCACUGUUUCCGAAAAAGAUCCUCUAUUACGAUCGCAGUUGCUUGAGGGCUACCUGACCGGACUCCCAGUGGUCUCGGCGCGAAUAUUCGCAGAACUAACUGGAAGGCAGCUGAUAGACUACAUGCGCCGCGCAUCGGAACAGCCGGCCAGAGUCGGUGCUGCGGCCAGAGUGGGUGCUGCGGCCAGAGUGGGUGCUGCGGCCAGAGUCGGUGCUGCGGCCAGAGUCGGUGCUGCGGCCAGAGUCGGUGCUGUGAUCCAAAAGCCGGUGGUCGAUGUGCGGAUGGUCGGAAGACCG